CCCCUCCCAGUGAGUGACAAGCCACGCUUCUUUCCCGGGAGUCUGGAUAAGCCCCGCCUCCUUUGUGUCUCCACCUCGGCCUGUCUCGCUGCAGCCCUUCCGGGCCUGCGUUCCCCGCCCUACGCACGGUGGGCGGGGACGCCUUGGCGCCCAAUUUGAGUUCUACUAGAGGCCUGGGUGGAUUCUAGUUUGCAGCGAUCUGUCCGGGUGGAUAACUAAGAAGCCGGCGGGACCUCCACCCCGGCUGCCUCCCCAUUUCCCUAGAAAUUAUUUAUCAGAUGAGGAUUUCCAAAACUGUAGUACAUGAGAAUUUGUAUUUCCAUACUUUCUAAACCAAUGAAAAGAAAAUGGGAAGAAAAAUUGAGGAAGAUUGGAGAACGCGCAUCCCAGUAUGAAAGGAGACCACUGGGCUCAAUCUACAGGCCACGGCUGUCUAAGCCAGAGGACCCAUCCUCUGUGUGGAAGCUAUUUCAUCGGCAAGCUCAAGCUUUUAGCUUUGUCAGAACUUGUAAAGAGGAUGUACAUGUAUUUGCUUUGGAACAUAAAGUGGGAGAUGGACAACGUAUAUAUCUUGUAACAACUUAUUCUCAACUCUGGUAUUACUAUAAGUCCCGGAAAAAUCUCAUGCACUGCUAUGAAGUUAUUCCUGAAAAUGCUGUUUGUAAGCUUUAUUUUGAUUUGGAGUUUAGUAAACUUGCCAAUCCAGGAGCAGAUGGAAAAGAAAUGGUUGCACUGCUAAUUAAGCAUGUUUGCAGAGCCCUUCAAGAAUUAUUCAAUGUUAAUUGUUCGGCAGAAGAUGUUCUCAAUUUGGAUUCCAGCACUGAUGAAAAGUUUAGCCGACAUUUAAUAUUUCAGCUCCAUAAUGUUGCAUUUAAAAAUAAUAUCCAUGUCGGCAACUUUGUUAAAAAAUUUUUGCAACCUGUAAUUGCGUUAGAUGACAGUAAAAUUAAUAAGAAGAUACCAGAAGUAACAGGCCACAUACUUACUUCUUCAAAAAUAAUAGUGAAACCAGAAAUCUCUUUUAAAAAUGCAUCUGAAGAUAAAAAUACUGCAAAAAGCCAACCCUUAAAUUCAAGCAAGAUAGAAGAUUUAAGCACAUCUGAGCAAAAUGGGGCAGAUCUUUCUUUUUUAAUUGUGAAGAAUAAAGGAGGAGAUGAUCACCUUUUUGUAGAUGUAGGAGUUUAUACAAGAAACAGAAACUUUCGGCUAUACAAAUCAUCUAAAUUGGGAAAAUGUGUGCCUUUGGAAGUAGCUGAAGAUAACAAAUUUUUUCCUAAAUAUUCAAAGAAUGUUUCUGAAGAAAACCAGUAUUUCCUUUCUUCUUUGGUCACUAACAUCAGAUUCUCAGACACUUUAAGAAUCCUUACCUGUGAUGUACCUCUAAGUAAACAAAAAAGGAUUGAAUGUCUUAAUAAUGCUUGUAUUAAAGAAGGUAUCAUUGAAGGCUUCCAAUGUUCACCAUAUCCUGAAAUUGAUAACUUUGUUCUUUCUUUGGUGAAUAGAAAUGGCAUUAAAGGAGGAAUUCGGUGUUGGAACUACUUUUUCCCAGAAGAAUUACUUGUUUAUGAUAUUUCUAAGUAUCGCUGGUGUGGAAAUAUUAAAAGAGCCCACAAGAGUAAUAAUAUAAUGAUUCUGGUGGAUCUGAAAAAUGAAGUUUGGUAUCAAAAAUGUCAUGACCCUGUCUGCAGAGCAGAAAACUUCAAAUCUGAUUGUUGCCCAUUACCACCUGAAGUAUGUCUUUUAUAUCUGUUCAAAGAGGAUGAAGACGACCAAAUCUUAAAUGGAACUGACACUAAACAACAGUCCUCACAUUCUCAAGAAUUAUCUCCUAGUACACUGACAAGAGAGGUGCCUUCAGGUGCAGACUGGGAUAAUGGAAUUGAUGACACCUGUUUUUUGGAAGCUGUUGAAGAUGCUGAAUUAGUUGAAGCCACAGAUAAGAGUCUGGCCAAUGCCAGCCUCACAGAGGAUGAGAUUCCUGAUGCACUUCUCAUAGAAGUGUUAGAAGAACAGAAAACAAAUUGGAAUGGGAAGUAAUGUGAUUUCAAAUAGCUAAAAACAAAAUGUUGGGUAAACAAAUGAAUUCACCUUUGUGAGAUGUGAGCUGUUGUGGGCUCAAGUCUCAUAUAUGCUCCAUCAUAUUGGGCUAUGUCAUCCUGGUCAACCUACUCCUUGGUUAUAAAAUGGGCAGCUUUCUAGGACUGUCAAUUGCAGAGGAGGUACUGACUUCAUCUGAGAAUUAUAUAUUCUGUUGAAUUCACAAAGUUAACCUGGAACCUUAAAAUUGAUCAUUAUAAUACCUAUUAUUGAAUUAUCUUUUCUUUUUGUACAUUUUCUUAAUGAUUACCAGAAAUUUUAUUAAAUG